UUGGUUUAAACAGCUGACGCACGUUUCGUGUUUUGUUUCACUGUCAAACAUCUUCAAUUUGGUCUAUAAUUUAACAAUGAAUCGUCUUACAAACGAAAAACACUUGCAAAUAAUUGAAUUUUAUUAUAAAAAUGCGUGUUCUGAUAAGAAAGUUUGUCGCGCGCUUCUUCCAUUUUAUGGUCAGUUUAAUCGACCCACUGCAGCAAUUGGACCUCUGUUACUCAGCAACGUUCGUUUUGCGAAAGGAUUUAGGUGUGAAGCCUUUCAAAAUACAGCUGGUGCAAGAAUUGAAGCCGAUCAACCUACCCCAACGCAGAAUUUUUGGUGAAUGGCCUCUUGGAAAGUUGGCUGAAGAUCCACUUUUUUAUCGAAAAAUUGUGUUCAGCGACGAAGCUCAUUUUUGGAUCAAUGGGUACGUAAAUAAGCAGAAUUGUCGAUUUUGGAGUGAAGAUCAGCCAGAAGAAUUGCAAGAGCUACCAAUGUAUCCAGAAAAGGUCACGGUUUGGUGCGGUUUAUGGGCUGGAGGUAUCAUUGGACCGUACUUCUUCAAAGAUGCUGUGAAUCAUAACGUAACUGUGAAUGAUCGGCAUCAAGAAUCUUGGCAUAUUACGAUACCCACGAAUUUAUCUGAGUUGGAAGGGAUUCUCGAAGAAGUAUGGCGGAUCAGCAUAAUUCCAUAAUUUGGUAAAAUGACUGCUGGAAAACAUACCAGCCGUUAUGGGAUACAUAUACAUAAGUAUAUAAAUGAGCCUCUGCAAAAUAUUAAAUAGCUAUUGUAUUUUUGGCCGCCGUAGCCGAAUAGGUUGGUGCGUGACUACCAUUCGGAAUUCACAGACAGAACGUAGGUUCGAAGGUGUAUUUCUGCCAUGAAAAAUCUCCUCAUAAAAAUAUCUGCCGUUCGGAGUCGGCUUGAAACUGUAGGUAUCUCAAUUUGUGGAACAACAGCAAGACGCACACCACAAAUAGGAGGAGGAGCUCGGCCAAACACCCAAAAAGGGUGUACGCGCCAAUUAUAUAUAUAGUAUAUUUUUGGAAUAUUUUAUGUUACCUCCUUUUACAAUUUAAGAUGAUUUCUUUAAAAGCAUUAAAACGUCAAUUAUUUGCCAUUAAUACUGCCAAAUAUCUAACAUAUUAUUAAUUUUAUUUAAAUCUUAACUGUUGCUAAAGUUAAAACAAAAGUAUAAAGAGGCUUAAGCUGGCAUCGGCUAUUGGCACUUGAACAUUUGCUUAUAAGUAUUAUCCAAAUAAGUAAAAAACAAAAACUGUAUUAUAUUAUGAGCAUAAUUAAUUUGUUUGAAAUUAAAUGUCAGACAUUCGACUGAAAGUGUAUGCACAUCACUUUCUUGAAUAUUUUGUACUCAAACAUUUUCUUUUACUCUCUAUUAUUUGUUAUUCUAUUCUACAAUAUUAUUUACUAUUAUCACUUACAUUGCAAGCAAAGAAUGUAGAAAACAUUAGCAUUAAAAUUAUAUACUAUAUAUACGCAUGUACAUACGUGCAAAUAUACUUAUAUAUGUACAUAUCAUAUGAAUAUGUAUUACAUUUUUUUCUAUAUUUUUCUCAACAUUAAACCCGAUAACAAAGUGGAACUUUUUAAAUUACGUCUGAGGCUAUUAAAAUACGCUUUAUUUAAAUAACCUUUAAUGCAGUAUUUACC